CAACAGAGGCUCACCACGGCACCGACCGACCAUUGACUGCCCCCAGCACUACGUGUAGAUGAGCCGGGCGUGAGAAGCAGUCUUGGUCGCACCUGUCCUGUGUGUAAAGAACGCCUGCAGAUGGCGUCCUUUCACGACUUCCCGGCCGGGACGUCGCACGCGGCGGGCGACGCAGUGAGCAAAUCACGGCCCAAGCCGCCGAAAAAGGUGAAACCGAUCCUCAAGAAGCUGUCACACUCGGCAAGGGCCUCUCUCGAACUCGAUCGCGCCUGGGAGGUGCAGGACAGCAUAUAUGAGAAGGCGGCCUACGGCGGCGGCACCUUCUACGACUCUGCCCGUGCGACUCGCUCCACAAAGGACCUCAACAUCACCUUCGACGAUGUCGUCUCGUCCACCCCAGCUGGGAGCAGCUCAGGUCUCGGCUCUACCACAACGGCUUCCACUUCGGUAGGCAGGCGCUACCACCACUCCCGCUCCAUCUCUGGCGCCAGCCACGUCUCAGUCGCAACUUCCAACAGCAGCAACGGCGGCAUGUCUGGGCCCAUCCGAGCUGGGGCAACGUUUGUCCACCCGUUCCAGCAGGUGCCGCGCGGUGCAACUCCUCCAGUGUCCUACGCCAACUCUCUGGCGUCAUAUGUCGGCGACUCGCGCGAUUAUUCUCCAAGCACAAUUACUGAGGACGAGGACGACAACGUUGUCAACCCAUUCGAUGCCUCUGCAGACUCUCAAGGACGCAGCAGUUUUAACCUCCAGCGUCAGCAGACCAGCUCGUACUCUCACUCACAGCCGGCUCUUGGUCUUCGUAGGCCAUCACUUGUGAGCCAGAAGACGUCUUCAUCGUUCACCGAUAGCAGUAGCACGCCGCAGCCGCCGCUUCGGAUCAAUACAUCGCGGUCUCUCUCCACAACCCCAGCACUCUCUUCGCGACUGGCUCAUGCUUCUAGCAAGGCCGACCUGCAGGCCAACCACGGAGCUGAAACGCCCACGUCGAUCACACUAAGCUCUGCUUAUCCCAUCAACUCGCCUUCGAGCUCCGUGGCGCCAAUGUCUCCACUACGAAGCUCGUUCGAUGCCGGAUUUCCAAGGUUACGGGCAAAGUCCGAUCUCGACACGGCCACCCGCGCAGAUCAAGUGCGGGAGGCUCGGCGAAAGUUCGAGGAGAAAGAGCGAGCAAAGGAAGAGAAAUAUGCUCGCGAGGAUAUCAAGCGGCGCGAGCGCGCUGACACCAAGAAAGCCCAAGUCGCCGAGAAGAAGGCGGCGGCGGCCCUGAAAGAGCAGAAUGCCCUUCGAAUGCGCCAAGAGUCGGCCGAGCUGGAGCAGGCCAUGCCUCGGGGCAAGCACCGGCGGAAGAUCAGCACCACCAGCAGCGGCAGAAACAGCUUCGCUCUGGCCCGGCCCAGCACAUCACGCAAGAGCACGAGCGUGUACACAGUGGGCGACGUCGAAAAGUUCGCAAGCAACAACUACGACACAGUCAACCCUCAGAGCCCUCCGGCAUUUGGCGACAGGGCCGGCAAUGUACAGGACUUUGUGCCACCACCGGUAGCAAGAAGCCAGACUGCGAAGAAAAAGACACAGGGAAAAUGGCACAUGUUCAUCCUGUGGCUUCGCACCAAGCUGCUACGCGCGAGCAAGAACUAGACUUUGCAGCCCGGCGUGCAUAGCCGGUGUCUGUCGUGCUUCUCAAGCACGCAUCGCGACAGUCGCGGGAAUUCCAUACGACCAGUGCUACCUCGGGCUUCCAAACCGUGCUGGCACCAGCCCGCCAGACCUGCGGCUCGAAAUCAAAGCAACCCGCAAGAC